AUGGCACUGUGGAUCAUACUUGUGUUUUCUUUGUGCGGAGUAGUGCGAGGUCAAGAAAUUCAGCCUCCUACUGUUCAAGAGUGCUGCCAGAAUGGGAGGGAUUGGGCCCUGGGAGGACAAGACUGUACAUUACCCCCCCUCAUCUCCUCCUCCCACACCUGCAGGAUCGCUCAGGAGCAGUGCUGUUCAGCAUUAGUAGGAGACAAACUCUGUGACAAUGGCAUCAAGAUGGGCAAGUCGCAAGGGGCCUGUGAGAGGCCUUUCUUCCAAGGAGAGUCAUGGGAAACGAAAAUUUCCAAGAUGUGCUGUGACUGCUGCAUGCUGGGUCUCAUGUUAGCAAGCCGGGGUUCCGGCUGCGAGCUUCAGGGUUUGUUUCUGGGGAGAGAGUGUGAAUACGCUGCUAAAGCCUGCUGUGGCAAGAACACUACAGAGGAAAUCAAACCAACCGUUAAAGAAAAUCCUGAAGACAGUGUUACUGCAAACCCUUCAGACGAAAUGGACACCUGUAGAGACUCCAUUUGCUCCCAGCUGUGUGUGGGUGAUGGUACAUGCGCCUGCCACGAUGGUUACCAACUGCAAAAGGAUGGGGUUAAUUGUGAGGAUGUUAAUGAGUGUCUGACUGGCAGUCACAACUGCGUCUUAGGACAAAGUUGUAUUAACACGGAGGGCUCAUUUCGCUGUCAGAGGGAAACCGGCUGUGGCACCGGAUAUGAACUAACCGACAACAACAAAUGCAAAGAUAUUGAUGAAUGUGCUUUGGGAACCCAUAACUGUGGACAGGAGUUUUUGUGCACCAACACAGCAGGCUCGUUCCGCUGCCAACCAAAGGAGAAGUGCUCUGAAGGAUUCAUUCAGGAUGCCAUUGGCAGCUGUAUUGAUAUAAACGAAUGCGUGGCCCAUACCACUCCAUGCCUUCCCGGCCACACUUGUAUCAACACGUUGGGCUCUUACACCUGUCGCAGGAACACGGUUACAUGUGGACGAGGUUAUCAUCUCAAUGAAGAUGGCAGACGUUGUGAAGACAUGGAUGAGUGUCGUGCAGGCAAUGUGUGUGGCGAACACGGUUGCGUUAACCUGGUGGGCUCGUACCGCUGCGAGUGCAGAAUCGGCUACAUCUUCAACAGCAUCACUAAACAGUGUGACGAUAUUAAUGAGUGCAGGCAUUAUCCCGGACGACUGUGCGCCCACAAGUGUGAGAACACUGAGGGGUCCUACCAGUGCAGCUGCACAACAGGCUUCAAACUGUCUCAUGAUGGCAGAAACUGUGACGAUGUCAAUGAAUGUGAGGCCAACCCUUGCAGCCAGGAGUGUGCCAACGUCUACGGCUCCUACCAGUGCUACUGUCGCCGUGGUUACCAGCUGAGUGACAUCGAUGGGAUAACAUGUGAAGAUAUUGAUGAGUGUGCACUGCCUACUGGUGGUCAUGUGUGCUCCUACCGCUGCUCCAACGUCCCCGGGAGUUUCUACUGCACCUGCCCACCCACGGGCUACACACUCGCCCCCAAUGGGCGCACAUGCCAAGACAUCGAUGAGUGUGCAGUGGGGAGCCAUAUGUGUUCCAUCUCUGAGAGCUGUUUCAACAUUCAGGGAGGAUUUCGUUGCCUGUCCUUCGAAUGUCCUCCAAACUUCCGGCAAGCAACACAAGGAUUCAAGAAUGAGGGCUCGGGCAACAUGCGUUGUAUUAAGGCCUGUCAACCUAACGACUUCGGCUGCGCUCUCGACCCAGUCCACCUCAUCACCCACACCAUCCUCUCUUUGCCAACUUUUAGAGACUUCAGUGAACCAGAAGAAAUAGUUUUCCUGCGGACAGUCACAGCUGCUAACCCUGCUCCUCUCCCCGGUACUACUGAUGUGUUCUUUGACAUCCUGGGUGCAGAUGACCAGUUCUCCUUUGACGUGGUGAAGCGCUCCCACCAGGGCCUGAUCAUGGGUGUUGUACGGCAGAUGAAACCUAUCUUUGGCCCCAAGGAUCUGGUGGUGGAGGUGGCCAUGAACUAUGUCAAGUCAGGGAUCAUUUCCCAUCGCAAUGUUGUAAUCAUCCAUGUCUUCAUCUCUGAGUUCUGGUUUUGA